GCUUUAAGGUGGUCUUCGCCCCCGUCAUCUGCAAGAGGACAUGCCUGAAGGGGCAGUGCCGGGACAGCUGCCAGCAGGGCAGCAACAUGACCCUGAUCGGAGAGAAUGGGCACAGCGCGGACACCCUCACUGGCUCCGGCUUCCGAGUGGUGGUGUGCCCCCUGCCAUGCAUGAAUGGGGGCCAGUGCUCCUCCCGCAACCACUGCCUCUGCCCCCCGGACUUCACCGGUCGCUUCUGCCAGGUGCCGGCGGGCCUGGGGACAGGCCGGGCUGGGACGCUGGGCGGCCCCCCGCCCCCGGCAGCGGAGGGCGAGCCCGUGGCCAGCAAGCACGCCAUCUACGCCGUCCAAGUCAUCGCCGACCCUCCGGGCCCCGGGGAGCCGCCCCCGGCCCACCACGCCGCCUUCCUGGUGCCCCUGGGGCCUGGGCAACUCUCGGCCGAAGUGCAGGCCCCACCACCCCUGGUGAACGUGAGGGUGCAUCACCCCCCGGAGGCCUCGGUCCAGGUGCACCGGAUCGAGGGGCUGAGCGCCGAGGGCCCCGCGCCCCCCCAGCACCUCCUCCCGCACCCCAAGCCCCCCCGGCCCCCCACCCAGAAGCCCCUGGGCCGCUGCUUCCAAGACACGCUGCCAAAGCAGGCGUGUGGCAGCAACCCCCUCCCGGGGCUCACCAAACACGAGGACUGCUGCGGGAGCGUCGGCACCGCCUGGGGUCACAACAAGUGCCACAAGUGUCCCCAGCUGCAGUACACGGGUGUCCAGAAGUCGGGGCCCGUGCGGGGAGAUCUGGGGACUGACUGCCCAGCUGGCUACAAGAGACUCAACAGCACUCACUGCCAGGAUAUCAACGAGUGCGCCAUGUCAGGUGUCUGCCGCCAUGGCGACUGCCUCAACAGUCCCGGCUCCUUCCGCUGUGUCUGUCCUCCGGGCCAUGGCCUCGGCCCCUCUCGCACUCAGUGCCUUGAGAAAGCGGAGGAGAAGAGUCUCUGUUUCCGUCUGGUGGGACCGGAGAUGCAGUGCCAACACCCGCUCACCACCCGCCUCACCCGCCAGCUCUGCUGCUGCAGCGUCGGCAAAGCCUGGGGGGCCCGGUGUCAGCGCUGCCCGGCGGAUGGCACGGCGGCCUUCAAGGAGAUCUGCCCGGCCGGGAAGGGUUACCACAUCCUGACCUCCCACCAGACGCUCACCAUCCAGGGCGAAAGCGACUUCUCCCUCUUCCUGCACCCCGACGGACCACCCAAGCCGCAGCCACCCCCGGAGGCCCCCAGCCGAGCCCCCCAGGCCGAGGACGCGGAGGAAGAGGAAGUGGGGACGCCGGACACCCCCCAGCUGGUAUCUGAGGAGCAGCAGAUGCAUCAGAUCCCGGUGGUCAUCACCUGGCCUCCAACCCGCCACCCCGAGCUGGUGGCCCGGCCCACGCCCCCGGCCGUGCACCGGGUCCUCCCGGAUCUGCCCCCGUCGCGCAGCGCCGUGGAGAUCGCUCCCACCCAGGUCACCGGGCCCGACGAGUGCCGGCUGAACAGGAAUAUUUGCGGCCACGGAGAAUGUAUGUCAGGCCCCAGCGGAUACUCCUGUCUGUGCUACCCUGGCUACCGGCUGCAUCCCCAACAGCCCUACUGCAUCGACGUGAACGAGUGCGAGGCGGAGCCGUGCGGCUUGGGGAAGGGCGUCUGCCUCAACACGGGCGGCUCCUACAACUGUCACUGCAACCGCGGCUACCGGCUGCACGUCAGCCACGGCGCCCGCUCCUGCGUCGACGUCAACGAGUGCUCCACCAAGCCGCACCUGUGCGGAGACGGCGGCUUCUGCUCCAAUUUCCCGGGUCACUACAAGUGCAACUGUUUCUCCGGAUACCGGCUCAAGCCCGCCCGCCCGCCCGUCUGCGAAGAUAUCGACGAGUGCCGGGAUCCUGCCUCCUGCCCCGACGGCAAAUGCGAAAACAGGCCCGGGAGCUUCAAGUGCACGGCCUGCCAACCCGGCUACCGCAGUCAAGGCGGCGGGGCCUGCCGCGACGUGGACGAGUGCGCGGAGGGCAGUCCGUGCCAGCACGGCUGGUGCCACAACCUGCCGGGCGCCUUCCGCUGCACCUGCGCCCAGGGCUACACCCCCGCCUCCGACGCCCGCAGCUGCAUCGAUGUGGACGAGUGUGAGGCCGGUGACCUCUGCGAAAACGGGGUCUGCGCCAACACCCCUGGGUCCUUCCAGUGCCAGUGCCUUGCCGGCUAUCACCUCUCCGGGGACCGGAGCCUCUGCGAAGAUAUCGACGAAUGCGACUUUCCGGCCGCCUGCAUCGGGGGCGAAUGCAGCAACACCAAUGGCUCCUAUCGCUGCCUCUGUCCCGCCGGGCACCGGCUGGUGGGCGGCAGGAAGUGCCAAGACAUCGACGAAUGCAGUCAGGACCCCGGCCUCUGCCUGCCCCACGGGGCCUGUGACAACCUGCACGGCUCCUACGCCUGCGUCUGCGACGAGGGCUUCGCCCCGACCCCGGACCGGCACGGCUGCGAGGAGGUGGAGCUGCCCCACCACAAGAAGGAGUGCUACCUGAACUUCGACGACACCGUCUUCUGCGACAGCGUCCUGGCCACCAACGUCACCCAGCAGGAAUGCUGCUGUUCCCUGGGGGCCGGCUGGGGCGACCACUGCGAGAUCUACCCCUGUCCCGUCCUCAGCUCAGCCGAAUUCCACAGCCUCUGCCCGGACGGGAAAGGUUUCAUCCAAGACAACAACAUCGUCAACUACGGCCUGCCGGCGCACCGGGACAUCGACGAGUGCGUGCUUUUCGGCGAGGAGAUCUGUAAGGAGGGCAAGUGCGUCAACACCCAGCCGGGUUACGAGUGCUACUGCAAGCAGGGCUUCUACUACGACGGCGACCUGCUGGAGUGCCUCGACGUGGACGAGUGCCUGGACGAGGCCAACUGCCGGAACGGGGUGUGCGAGAACACCCGGGGGGGCUUCCGCUGCGCCUGCACACCCCCCGCUCAGUACAGUCCGGCCCAGCGCCGCUGCCUCAGCCCGGCCGAGAUGGAUGUGGAUGAGUGCCAGGACCCAAACGCCUGCCGCCCGGGCCGCUGUAUUAACCUCCCCGGCUCCUUCCGCUGUGAUUGCCGCCUGCCCUGGGCGCCCGGGCCGGACGGCCAAGACUGCCAGCUCCCGGACGGCCCCGCCGAGCGGGUCCCGGAGCGGCGGGCAGUGUGCUGGAGCCAGCGCGGGGACGACGGACUAUGUGCGGGCCCCCUGCCCGGCCCCCUCCUCCCCUUCGAGGACUGCUGCUGCCGGCGCCAGGGCCGGGGCUGGGGGGCUCACUGCCGCCCUUGCCCCCCCCGGGGUUCAGGACUUCAGUGCCAGAACUCCCAGAGCGAAAGCAACUCCUUCUGGGACGUGAGUCCCAUGUUCCUGGGGAAGCCCCGCAGAGAGGAGGACAGCUCGGAGGAGGACUCGGACGAGUGCCGCUGCCUCAACGGGCGCUGCGUGCCCCGGCCCGGGGGGACCGUGUGCGAAUGCCCCGGCGGCUUCCAGCUGGACGCCUCCCGCACCCGCUGCGUCGACAUAGACGAGUGCCGGGAGCUGAACCAGCGCGGGCUGCUGUGCAAGAGCGAGCGCUGCGUCAACACCAGCGGCUCCUUCCGCUGCACCUGCAAGGCCGGCUACGCCCGCAGCCGCCCCCACGGGACCUGCCUCCCCCAGCGCCGCCGCUGACCCCCGCCCCGGCCGGAGGGGAGACGGCGGCGACCCCCCGUCCGCACCGUUUGCACUCGGCCCGCACCCCAGCCCCGUGUAAAUACGCCCUGGAUAUUAAAAUAUUAAUAAUUAA